UCUCGGAGGGGUGACCGGCGGCCGGAGGCGCUGCCAGGCGCGGGGCGGGAGGGAGAGCCCGCCGCCAUGUCGGGGGAAGGCGCCGGCAGCGGGGCAGCGUUGCAGGAUGACCUACAAGAAGCAAUUUCUGCUCAUGCAGCAAGAGAGCAAACAGCUGAAUACUCAGACGACUUUGAGAGUGAUGAAGAUGGCAUGACUUCAUGCUUUCAUGAAAAGAAGCUUCAGCAAAUAAUGCUUUUAGAAAGUGAAAACAUACAGGACGACAGAAAAGAUGGUGAAGAAGAAUGUUUGGAAAAUCAAAAUGAGGUUGAUGACAGAAAAGAUAAUGAAGAGUGUUCGGCUGCUGAAGAAGUACCACGUGCUAACAGUGAAAGUGACCACUGUAAUGACUUGCCUAUUUGUGAAGUACAGAAAAAAAGAAAAGCAGUUACACUGAAUCAAGAGGAAAACAAGCCAAUACCAAAGCCACGGGUGCACAAAACAAGAAAUGCUUCAGCAUCAGCUGAGAAUAUCAGCAUUCUUUCAUUAGAUGGCUGUUAUAAACCAUUACCUCAACCAAGACGUAUAUUGAGAAAAAGUGGUCCUGUGGAAGACAAUGAACUCAGUAGGUCAGAAGGAAAAAUAACUUCUAGAAAUGGAUUGUCUUCAUUUUCGGCACCAUCAUCCCCAACUACUCUGAAUGCUCAAGCCAUGCCCAAGAAAAAAAUGCUUGCUGAAAGCCCUGGUCCUGAAGGUCCAUGGCUAGAAAGUACACCACCAUAUUCUAUUAAUUUUACUUCCCAUAAUGAAAGAUCUGGAGACUCCAAUUUACUGACGUGUGGAGAAGCACCACCUGCAAAAGAUCAAGAUCAGAAGAAUAUCAGCACCAGUGACUUGAAACUGGAGGACAAUAGUAGAAAAUCCCCUUCUGUGAUAGAAGUAAUGAUGACCACAGUAUAUGAGAAAACAAAGGAAUUAGAGGAGUCAACAGAUUACAGUUCGGAUAAAAAGUUGAAAAUAGUGGAAGGGAAAAUAGAAACUGAUACAAGACAGGAGGUAUCAGUGAAUGAUCAAUCUGAGCAUGGGGAGGCAAAGAAUACUUCAAAGGACUCUGUCAAGAAAUUAAGUGAAACAAAGGACACAGUUCUACAAAACCCGAAAGCUUCUUUAUCUGGCAGGUCUCUGUCUUCUCCACACUUAAAGAAAAAGGCGAAAGCUGUUCCAUCGGCUGCACCUGUUUUAUCUCAAUACCUGGGAACAUUAAAGGUGUUGGAGGAUAAACGUGUGCAGAACAACAAUACAGAAUUUGACAAAGCAGAUAGUUUACGAGCAGCUGUUUUCCAGAAUUGGUUGGAAAAGAAAAGGGUCUUUCUACUGGAAUUAAAGAGAAUUGAAAAAAAGAAAGCUGAAGAACUACGGAACAAUAAUGAAAAGAAAGAAGCUGUUAAAAGAGAGGAAGCAAUUGCAUCUUUUGAAGCCUGGAAAAAAAAGAAAGGAAGAGAAGCAAAGAAGUUAAGUGAAAAAAAGAAGCUUGAGGAACUUAAGCAAAAAAAAGCAGCAGAACAGAACGAGGACAAAAUGGAAGCAGCACAGAAGGCAUUUGAAAAAUGGAAAGAAAGAAAAGUGGAAUAUUUAAGAGAGCAAAGCAGAAAGGAAAAACAGUCUGAAAGAAUCAGGAAGAAGAAAGAAGAGGAACUGGUUGCAGAGAAGAAGAGAGACAGCAUGUCAGCAGUAGAAAAAUGGAAUGAAAAAAAGGAAGAAUAUAUGAAACAGAAGAAAGUAGAAAAAAUCCAAGAAAGAAGGAAGCAAGAAAUACAACAGGCAAAGAAGGAAGAAAAAAAUAAAAAGGCAAUGGAGGAAUAUGAAAGAUGGCUGGAAAAGAAAGAGAGGAGAGAGCAGCUUGAGAAGAAGCAAAAGAAGUUGCAGGCUGUCCAUGGGGAUGAAGCGCCUUCUCCCUGGAGUCCACCUGGCAAAGUCACAUAUUCAAGGAAUUACUGAGCAGUCUAUUGCCUUCGACAAGAAAAGAUGUUCCACAAAGUUCGAACAAUGGCUAGUCUUUAUUUCAAUAACAGCUGAUUUUCACUGAAUUCAUAAUAGAUGUUGCAUCCUUUUUGGGGGGUUUAUUUUCUCUCUGGAGGUUAAAUAGAUCCAUUGUCCCUUUCCAUUGCUUUAGAAAAUGUACUAAUUUUUGUAAUUCCACAUUUAACUUAGUAUUCGUAAAUCCUGCGUUACUUCAUUCCUUUUUGGUGAAAGUGUAUAUUCAGGAUACAUAAGGCUGGACUCUGGCAUUUUUUUUCACCCAUUAAGUAGCAAAAUGGUUAUUUUUAAGUUUCUAGGCCACACUGCUGGGGAGUUAAGUCUGGAAGAAAUGCUUUGUGAGGGGGUAGGGAGGUGAUGGGCAAGGACGUGUUGGCUCUCUUGUGAUGGAAUGAAACAAAAGACUAAGGAGUAUGGUAGGGGGAUGUCAUUUUGAUACAUGAAGAGACAAGCUAGAGAGAACAUAAUUCUUAGAUUAUGUUACAUUAUGAAAUAUAAAAAUAGCUUUUAAAUGAAAACUGCAUCAACCAGAAACAGGAUUUCGUGGGGCCAAAACAGUCAGCCGUAUGAUGGUACAAAAGAAUUAAACUGGAAUCCAUAUAAUGUAAAAUGAUCCAGGACUAAGUAAGACUGUAGCUGUUAAUUCCAUGUCAGGUCUUCAUACACAUACAUGGGAUCGUAGAUUUCCUGCUUCCUACAGGAAACAGCAUUUUUAGAAGCAUAUUUGGCAGUUCACACAAAAUCAACUGCAAGGGCAGAACAGUGGUACUCUUAUGAAGCAAACUUAGACACUGAAAAUUAUUUUUUUGGAACUUAAUUUAAAGGCUUCUGUCAUUGUUUUUACAUGAUCAAGUAAAUCCUUCCCAAACAUGUUUUCAUCAUUGCUAAUGAGCUAGUUGCUGUAGUAAAUUAUUAAAAUUUCUCCUGUUUUUUCGUGGCUAUUUGCCUCACUAUUUUGAAAACAAUGGCAAGACUGCCUGUCUUUAGAGAUCUUCAAAUCUCUUGUUUGCCUACCGUCUAAACUCAGACUGUUACUUAUGUUUGUAUUUACUUAUUUGAAUUUUAAUAAUCACUCCAGAACAGAUUUGCUUCUCAAGUGUGUAUUCCUAAAAAAAAAAAACCACCAACAUAAACAGCAUCACCAACCAAGACGUAAAAAAACCCUAGUCUUUAAAAUAUAGAUGUAUUUUCUCAAAUGAGAAUCUUGCUCCUGUUUAGACUGACAACCUCCUUGGGAAGUCAAAGGAGCAUUUGAGAAGUUGACUUGGUUUUUUCACUCGAGUCCUAUGCUGUUCAUAAAUCACUGAAAUACUCAUUAAUUCUGCAUUUCAUGUAACACUGGGGCAUCUAGUCAGAAAAGAAAAACCACAAGACCGGCAACUAGAUGAAUUUGUUUAGCUUCCUAAUGUUUCUUGCUUGGAUUUUACGUUUUAGUGAAAGCCACUGAGGAUUUGAGAGGCAUUUGUUUUGGCCCUCACUGUUUCUAUUACCAGUGUGCUGUACAGGUGAAAUUUAUUGCUGGUAUGUAUGUGAAAGUGAAAUCAGAAGGAUAUCUAUUCUAUCUCAUUGUUGAACAUGGUCCUGUUCAUUUGCAAUGUUUAUGACAGGCAGGAGCAGGUACUAGAAAGCAAAAAGAUUAGAACAGUAGGUAGUGGUGUAGUUACCAUCAUUAACCUAAUUUCUAUCCAUAAACAAGUGUAGAGGAAGGCUUAUAAAAUGUACAAUAUUUCUGUUGCAUAUGAUCUAUUGACAGUGUCAAGAAGUAUUUGCUAAUCUUGAGAAUAAUGGUGAGGUUUCACUAGUAGUUGUGCUGAAUUUGUGUACAGCCAAAUCAUCUGGCAGAUCAGAUUUGAUCCAUUGUGAGGAGUGGUUGCAGAUUUGAUACAGCUUCUAGAUUACGAAGUAUUUUUAUUGCGGGAUCAGGUUUGAGUAUGUUGCCUGGUAUUCUACAUUGCACGUCUCAACUUCCAGUUGCCUUUCAUGUACCUUGUUCAUGGUAGCCCUGUUGUGUAUUGGGAUUUUUGAGCAGGCCUCUGCUGGUCCUGCCUCUUGCUUUAAGAUCUGCUUCUUCCUCAAAAGAUAAUUGUACUGGACCUGGCUUUUAUUCUUUUAUUUAUUUCUAGUCUUCUGUCACUGGGCUGCUCACCCAGAAAUGUUGUGGCUAGAACAGGUUUUGUUCCACUGAAGAGUCUGUAGAGAAGCUAGGGACCUUUAUGACACCCAUUCUUUUAUCAUAUAUUGUCUGCAGGUAAUGCACACCUGAUGUCGUCCAGUGGACCUUAAUGACAGUAGUGACCUUUUUGCCCCUUCUGUGAGAUUCAGAUUUGUGCCAAGAGUCAUCACUCGAAUGCUGAACUUCUGGGUAGGGUAGCAUUCAUACAGGCUCAUCUUUUUUUUCAUUUGGGAGGAGGAAGACAUUGGUCAAGAAGGGGAGAGGGCAGGGAAGAGGCUGCAGCUCUCAGAGGCCCGCAGUCUGCUCUUGCAGAGCCCCUGGAGUCUGGCUGUGACCCUAGGCCAUUUGUGUUUUUUCUUGUAGUACCCACGCUGAGCUUCCUGCGCAUUGCAUUACCACAGACAUUCCCAGCUAGGGAAUCUUGCACAUUGUCAUUUGCACAGAGAUUCAGCAAAUCUUGAUUUUUAUCAUCUGGCUUAAGCCAGACUGUAGCACAGAUACCAGAGAUAAGUGAAUAUGGGGCUUUCAUAAGCUCUUGGUGUGGCUCUUGCUGUUACACCUUGGCAGGCCAGGCAUUUUUUCCAGCAGUAGGGAUAUCACGACGACAGCAUUGGCACCCAGUGAGAAAGAAUCCACUGCCAACAGAAACUUUGAAGUUGUUGAGAAGAUGCCCAGCCAGAGCAGCUUCAUGGGGCAGCCUAAGAGGUAGUUAGAGACACCAGCAGGGGAGGUAUCAGAAUUACAGUGCAGGUUGAAUGCAACAGAACUGCCAGCUCAAAACUGACCCACCCAAAAUUUAUGGAAAAAAUACUGAACGAAUUCAGACAUUUAGGCUGGAGCGGUGAUGUGCAUUGUUGGUCCUCCAGGCUUCUAGCACUUGGAGCCUUGUAUUCAGGUUUAGCGCAUUAAGAAACUAGCUGUAGUAUCAUGGGAAGAUGAAAAGUGUAGCAGACGGCAGAGUUUGCUGUACGGCUGUCAUGAUAGGUUAGGAGAGUCUGAGGCACAGCAUGUGAGAAACAAAUCGUCUGGAUCUUUAUUUUUUUUCAGUGUUCAGCUACAGUGAGCGCGGCAGGUCCCUGUGCUGACAGGCCGAUAGUUGAGGGAGGUAAAUGAAAAGCGUGGUAGAGGUAGUGGCAGAGCUAGAAGAGAGUUUGUCAUGUGCCUGUGCCUAAACUGAAUACUGCAUCUCUACUGGCUUUAAGCCUUUAGAUGAUUGGAUGGAAAAUUUUUGACAGAAGAUAGAAGUGGGAAGAUAUUGGUAACAUCUUUCAGAGGAGUGAUAUACCUGGCACUCACAUAAAUCCACAACUUUUCAAUUAGAAAAAGAUGCUGAAGAUCUGUAGAUGUGGAAAAACAGUUGAUAUACAACUGUGUGUUUAACUUCUAAAUUUUUGGGAGCUUUGUCUAAUUUUACAUUGUAAAAACUUGGACAUGUUACAGUAUGAUGCAAAUGUGGUAGAAAAAUAGAGCUGAGAAAUAUGAACAUAUGUACAUUAAUUUAUAAAAAUUAACAUGUAUCUGUAUAUAUCCUGUUAAUAUGUUCAUCGAUGA